AUGAAGUUGGGCGUGGAUUGGUCGCGAUGGACCACCAAUCCGUAUUAUGCCUUGGUCAUCUUGAUCAUUGCCUGUGGCAGUAUUCCCAAGGGUUACGAUGAGGGAGGUUACAGUGCCAGUGUCAAGCUGGAAUCCUUCAUGGAGGACUUCAACCUCCUCUCCUCCAACUGGAAAAACGACCCAACCGGAUUGACCAACCGCAAGGCCAACAUCACCUCGUUCAGCGUCUUGGGCGCUGCUUUUGGCGCAUUGUCUGGGUUGGACCUGAACGAUCGCCUAGGACGUCUCCAGUCGUGGCGUCUGGCAGUUCUCGUCUGGGCCAUCGGUUAUUUUAUCCAGAUCUUUUCCUCCGGUAUAUACGGGUUGCUUUUGUUUGCGAGAAUAUGGAGUGGGUUGGGAGCCGGAUUGUUGACAGUGACUACGCCGUUGUACCUGUCAGAGAUUGCUCCUGCAAGGACCAGAGGUAUGGUCGUCAGUAUGUACAUGGUCAUUCUGUUGGGCAUCUUAACGCUGGGUUUCUUCAUCAACUAUGGCGCCAAAGUACACAUGGCCCCGACCCGUGAACAAUAUCGUUUGGUCCAGGCCAUCCCCUUGAUCCCGACAGGCAUCGCCUUCUUUGCCUCCUUUAUCGCAACCGAAACCCCUCGUUAUCUCAUUUCCAAGAACCGCGUUGACGAGGCACGAGCCGUCCUCGCUCGUUUCCGUGGCAAGGCCAUCGAUGAUCCCAGCAUUGAGAUUGAAUUCAGAGAGAUCGACUCGCAGUACCGCACAAAAGCGGCAGACCUGGCAUCUGUCUCCCACUGGGAGGCCUUCAAAGAAUCCCAGUUGAACCCCAACUACCGCCAGCGCUACUGGCUGCUCAUGGCCAUGCAGACCGUCGCCCAGUGGACUGGCGGUAACGGAAUCACCUUCUACGUGUCUACUAUCUUCGAGUAUGCCGGUGUGACGGGUAACUCGACCUCGCUCAUCUCCUCGGGUGCCUACGGUGUCGUCAAGCUGGUCUUCACCAUGGCCUUCGCCUGGUAUCUCAUUGACGUCAUCGGCCGUCGGGCCUGCACUCUUGCUGGCCUGAGUCUGCAGCUCGCCGCGCAUAUCUACAUGGGCAUUUACAUGGGUCUCCAGCCCGGCUCAGCGGACAACAAAUCCGCCUCGGAUGCCGCCAUCGCCUCCGUCUUCGUCUACGCCGUAGGAUGGUCCAUCGGUCUCUGUACGGUUCCCUACCUGUACGGUACCGAGAUCUUCCCCACGCGCAUCCGUAACAUCAGUUACGCCAGCAGCAUGUGUCUCCACUGGUUCUUCCAGUUCGCCGUCGUCCGUGUCACUCCCAACAUGUUCGACUCCCUCCACGUCUGGGGCGCCUACCUCUUCUGGGCCAUCAUCUGUACCCUCGGCAUAAUCAUUCUCGGUAUCUGGAUGCCCGAGACCAGCAACGUCCCUAUCGAGCGUAUGGGCGAGCUAUUCGACGGGCCCUGGUACUUGCGUUGGCGCAUGAAUGCCAAGACGAUCGGUGAGCCCAAGUCUUCGCCUCCUUCAUCGGCUGGAAUGGACGAGGGUAUCUAUACCACCACCCAACCCAAGAACCCCGAUUCGAAGGACACUGCGCUUUGA